AUUUUGCAUAUCAGGAAAGACUGUACAAUGAGCACUUUUGGACACCUCCAAGUAUCCAACAAAUGAUUAGAAAAGCCAUAUGGCUGUUGUACACUUGUACUCCUCACUCCCACCUGAGAUACUAUCACUCAAAAGGAACUGCUAUUUGUUUGUUGCAAUGGCAGUUCAUAUGUUCAUCUUCUUCAUCAUUUUCCUUCCUUCUGUGCAUCUUUCUGCAGCUUUGAAUCAGCAAGGCAUUAUUCUACUGAGUAUGAAGAUGAGUCUAACUAGAAACGGCGGUGGUUUGAGUAACUGGAACUCAGGGGCCGAACCUGGCCGGGGCGAGCUGGUGCCGGCGCCCCCCUUCGCCGGAAAUGUCAAGCCCCCUUCAAAAAAUUAUUCUGGUUCCGCUUCUGGAUGUGAUUGGUAUGGCGUGAGAUGUAACUCCCAUCAAGAAGUUAUAGAACUUGUUCUAACUCGCAUCAACCUCACCGGAACAAUUCCAGGAGAUAUUGGAGGCCUUCUUUCAUUGAAAUAUGUAAACCUUAGUGGGAAUAAGCUAUCUGGAGAUAUUCCUAGAGAAAUUUGUCACCUACCAAAUCUUCAACAACUGGAUUUGAGCUCCAACCGAUUAACUGGGUCAAUUCCUUCCGAAAUCGGAUUCCUCAAAAAGUUGACCUUGUUAAUUCUAAAUGACAACCACUUAACUGGAGCUAUACCAAAUACCAUUGGUGAUCUGGAGAACUUACAGAUAUUUCGAGCUGGCGGCAACGCUCACCUUCGGGGUUCUCUCCCUCCACAAGUUGGACAAUGUAAGAACUUGAUCAUCUUAGGACUUUCAAGUACCCGUCUUUCAGGGGCUUUACCAUCAUCUCUGGGGUCAUUAAAGAAGCUCAAAAGUAUACUGAUUUACUCUGCUUCACUCUCUGGCAAAAUCCCAUCAGAACUUGGUGAAUGCAUUUCUUUGAAGAACAUCCAUCUCCAUAGGAAUGCUCUCUCUGGAUCAAUUCCGGUUACUCUAGGUAAUCUAAGUAACCUUGAAACACUUUUGUUAUGGGAGAACAAGCUUGUUGGUGGCAUUCCUUAUGAGCUCGGAAACUGCCACCAAUUACAAAGAAUUGAUCUUUCCAACAACUCCUUAACGGGUGGUAUCCCCAACAGUUUGGGCAACCUACACAAUCUAAAAGAACUUUCUUUAGAGAUGAACUUCUUAUCUGGUCUCAUGCAUUCUCAUCUGUGUAAUUCUACAAGCUUGGAGCAUAUAGACCUUUCAGAGAACCAAUUAUCCGGUUCAAUACCGGUUGGAAUUGGGAAAAUGUUUAAUCUGAAGCUCUUGUAUCUGUGGAGGAACCAGUUAAAGGGACACAUUCCGUCAAACAUUUCUUCAUGCCAAAGUCUACAAGAUAUUGACUUAUCUUAUAAUGCAUUAAGUGGUUCAAUUCCCAAAGGUCUCUUCCAACUUCCGGCCCUGAAUGUAGUGACACUAAUAUCCAACAACAUUUCUGGAGCCCUACCACCGGAAAUAGGUAAUUGCUCUUCGCUUAUUUGGUUCCGAGCUAGUCAGAAUAAAUUGUCAGGAUCCAUACCGUGGGAGAUAGGAAACUUGGAAAUUUUAAAUUUCUUGGACAUGGGAUUGAAUAGACUCACGGGAGUUAUUCCAACUGAAAUACAUAGGUGUAGGAACCUAAUGUUUAUAGACCUCCACUCCAACUCUAUUUCGGGUACGAUACCUAACCAAUUGGGAGGGAAUUUGAAGGAACUUGAUCUUUCUGAUAAUUUGAUUGAAGGUGUUUUAAGUCCUAAUCUGGGGUCAUUAAGAUCACUCACCAAAUUGAUUCUAGGACGGAACCGGAUUUCUGGCUCAAUUCCGACACAACUUUGCCUGUGUUCGAAGCUUGAAUUAAUUGAUUUAAGUGGGAAUCAGUUUUCUGGCAACAUUCCAUCCGGUUUGAGUAAAAUUCCAGUUCUCGCAAUUAGCUUAAAUCUGAGCUGGAAUAGACUUUCUGGUUUAAUUCCAAAAGAUUUUGAAGCCCUGGACAAUCUUGAAACUUUGGACCUCUCCCACAAUAAGCUCACAGGAGAACUUAAUGUUCUUGUUGAUCUCACAGAGCUUAUGGUUCUCAAUGUGUCUUGCAAUGAUUUCUUUGGAAAGGUUCCCGAGACACUCUUUACCAAAGUAGCAGUAAAAGACUUUUCUGGAAAUUCGAGGUUGUGUCUUUCAGUUGGGGAUCAAUAUUGUAGCAACCUGAAGAAAAGCAAACAUGGCAAAAUGGAACAAAUAAUUUUUUCACUCAUCGGUGGUGUUUUCUUCGUUGUAGCUAUUUGUAUUAUUAUUCUUCACAAGAUUUGUCAAAAUGAAGCUAGUUAUAGCGGCGGCGGUUUGGAGCUUGUAUCACCUUGGGAGGUGACAAUGUUCCAAAACAUUGACAACUUUUCAAUAGUCCAAGUCACAAACUCUCUCACACCCGCUAACAUUAUUGGGGAGGGCGGGACUAGUGUUGUAUAUAGAGUAAACACUUCUGCAGGGCUAACUAUUGCAGUGAAAUGCAUGAAAGAGUCUAGGAGCUUUUCGGCCUCUGCACUCUUGUUUGAGAUAUCUAUUGUGGGGCACAUCCGGCAUCGCAACAUCGUGAGGUUUUUAGGUUGGGCAACAAAUAGGAAGACCUACCUUCUGUUCUAUGACUAUCUGCCCUCAGCUACACUACGCGCAUUGUUAAGCCAAAGUAACAGAAGGUUAGUUGACUGGGAGACAUUACUCAACAUUGCAGUAGGAAUUGCCGAAGCCCUUGCCUAUUUGCACCACGAAUGUGUGCCACCUAUCAUUCAUGGUGAUGUUAAGUGUGACAAUAUUUUGUUAUCAGAUGAAAACGUACCAUGCUUAGGAGAUUUUGGAUUGGCCAGAUUAGCUAAUGAUGAAAGUGGUACAUUAUCAAGACGCUCACAUCUUGCUGGUACAUAUGGUUACAUGGCACCAGAGUAUGCUUGCACGUCGCGAAUCACGGAAAAGGUUGACGUGUUUAGUUUUGGAGUGAUUCUGCUUGAAAUUAUAACAGGUAAGAAGCCAGUGGAUUCUUCAUUCCCAGAUGGCCAAAAUAUUGUCCAAUGGGCUCGACAUCAUCUCCUCAUACUCAAAAGUGAUCCAGUGGCUAUCAUUGAUAGCAAUUUACAAAACCAAAACCACCCGAUUACACAGAUUCAAGAUGAGAUGAUCAAAGUCCUUCGCAUAGCAUUAAUAUGUACUACAAGCAUUGCUGAUGAACGGCCUCCAAUAAAAGAGGUGUUAGCCUGGCUGAAAGAGAUCAAACACAGAUGUCCUUUAACAUCAGUGACUCCAGAACAAUUAGCAAGCUCACAAUGGUCAUGGAAUUACUACGACUUAUUUGUAGGGUCCUCAGUUCAUACGCCCACAGUGAACCCAUAAAUGAAUGUAGCAAGUUAAUUAUGUGAGCAUUGUAAAUAGGUUGGUAGCUUGUGGAAUAUUUCAAUCAGUUAGUUUGAUGAAUGUAAAGAGACUGAACAUGCUUGUGUCUUUUUAUUUGUCAAAAAUAUGUUCAUAUUUAUAGGAA